AGGGCGAUCGCGGCUGCCGCUACCUCUUGGCUCGCCCCCACCUCCCUUCCCUUUCGGAUGGACGCCGCGAAGUAGCUGCUCUGCUCUCUCCCCCCGCAGAUGCAAGCAGGGAUCGCAGAUUCCCUUCCCUCCCCAGUCUGGAGCUCUCCACAGUGACUUCCACAGAGCCGAGCGCUUCGAAACCCCCGGAGUGCAAGUUGCGACUCUUAAGCAAUGGGCGCCGCGGUCGGAAGUCAGCGGGCUAGCGCCUUGCCACGGCGGCGCUUCUCUUAACAGCGUGGUUUGGGAAUAUUUGGAAAACAAGUUUCCAGAGGCGGUUCGGGGAGUUGAAAGUCCGGCGUUCCAGUGAGAGCAAGCAUGUCAGCAAAUGCAUCCUGUUUCUUCUUUUCAACUUGGCCAUAAAGGAUCAAGAAUAAUCAUGACUGAAAAACUCUGUGGAUGGCUACCAGUUUUCCUCUCAGCAUUGCUAUAUCAAGUCUUCAAGUGACAAAUAUCUCUUGGUGCCAUAGCACAUGGAUUUCAGGACUACAUGUGAAGAGACAAAGACAGGGAUUUGUUUGCUGCAGGAUGGUAACCAGGAGCCUUUCAAAGUGCGGCUGCACUUAGCCAAAGAUAUUUUGACGAUUCAAGAGCAAGACGUGAUCUGUGUGUCUGGUGAACCUUUCUAUUCUGGUGAAAGGACUGUAACAAUUAGAAGACAAGCCGUAGGAGGAUUUGGAUUAAGUAUAAAGGGCGGAGCGGAGCAUAAUAUUCCAGUGGUUGUUUCCAAAAUUUCAAAAGAACAACGAGCGGAACUCUCAGGCUUGCUGUUUAUAGGAGAUGCAAUUCUACAGAUUAAUGGAAUUAAUGUAAGAAAAUGCAGGCAUGAAGAAGUGGUCCAGGUUCUUCGGAAUGCUGGAGAAGAGGUGACCCUGACUGUAUCCUUUCUCAAAAGAGCACCUGCAUUUCUCAAAUUGCCCCUCAACGAAGACUGUGCAUGCAUUCCUAGUGAUCAAAGCAGUGGUACUUCAUCGCCUCUGUGUGAUAGUGGUUUACAUCUUAACUACCACCCCAAUAAUACAGACACACUUUCAUGUUCUUCAUGGCCUACAUCUCCAGGGCUUAGGUGGGAGAAGAGGUGGUGUGAUCUCCGAUUAAUCCCGCUUCUUCACUCCCGGUUUUCCCAGUAUCUCCCAGGGUCAGAUAUGUGCAGGCAAAAUGCAUUUCAAGUAAUCGCUGUGGAUGGCAUUUGCAGUGGAAUAAUUCAGUGUCUCUCGGCUGAAGACUGCAUUGACUGGCUACAAGCAAUAGCAACGAAUAUUUCCAACCUCACAAAGCACAAUAUUAAAAAAAUCAACAGGAAUUUCCCCGUAAACCAGCAGAUAGUCUACACAGGCUGGACAGAAGAACGGGAACAAGAUUCUCUUCAGGACAGAAUGUAUACACCAAAGUUUCUAGCGUUGAGAGGUUCUUCACUUUACAAAUUUAUAGCACCUCCAGUUACUACGUGGGACUGGACACGAGCCGAAAGAACAUUUUCUGUAUAUGAGAUUAUGUACAAAAUUCUCAAGGACAGUGAUCUACUGGAUCGUCGAAAACACUGCUUUGGUGUCCAGUCUGAAACGGGAGAGGAUCUCUACUUUUCUGUGGAAUUAGAAUGUGACCUCAUAUUAUGGGAAAAGGCCUUCCAAUCAGCAACUUUUUUAGAAGUGGAACGAAUACAGUGCAAGACAUAUGCCUGUGUUCUGGAGAGUCAUCUUAUGGGGCUUACCAUAGACUUUGGCAUGGGUUUCGUAUGCUUUGAUGCUGCAACAAAGGCUGUACUAUGGCGGUACAAGUUUUCCCAGCUUAAAGGGUCUUCAGAUGAUGGCAAGAGCAAAAUCAAAUUUUUGUUCCAAAAUCCAGAUACUAAACAGAUUGAAGCAAAGGAGUUGGAAUUUUCCAACCUGUUUGCAGUCCUGCAUUGUAUCCACUCCUUCUUUGCGGCCAAAGUGGCCUGUUUGGACCCACUCUACGUUGGCAGUCAGGCCACAGCUGCUGCUACUGCUGUUACUGCUGCUGCUACUACUGGUGCUGCUGUUGCUACAUCUUCUGGCACUAGCAAAUUGAAGUAUACGACUUGAUGGCUCCCAUUUCUGCACUUGCCACUUUCCAGGAGUACAUGAAACUAUGUAUAUGAAACAUUCAUCAGACAGUUCUCUUGGAGAACAAACAGCAAGCAAGAGAACUGACUCAAGAGACAAGUGGCAGUUGUCAGCAGAGUAUAGUCACAUGGCAUCGUGAAUUAAGUCUCAAUUUUACAAGGCAUCGGUACAUAAUCCAAGCAGAAAUCUCUGAGGUGGAUGAAGAUGCUUUUAUAGUAUAAUCUGAUUGUGUUUUGAAUGACACUGGAAACAAAAGAAACAGAAAUAAACAAAUGAUACAG